AUGGUCUCCGUGAAGUCGAGCGAGAAACAGUGUGAUGACCCGGACCCCAAAGCAGAAAGGGUGCCGUCGGAUACCGAGCCACCGCAAGUGGAUCCGAAUUCGACUCCCGGUGAAACCGAGGUUUACUCGACCUUCUCCCGUCGGACAAAAGCAUUGAUUGUCCUGAUGGCCUCAGUGGCCAGUAUUUUCUCCUCCUUGUCGGCCAACAUCUACCUGCCCGCCCUUGACACUAUUGCCGAGCAGCUCCACGUGAGCGAUACCUUGAUCAACCUCACCUUAUCGACGUACAUGAUCUUUCAAGGCCUCGCACCCACUAUAUUUGGCGGGCUUUCCGACAGUGCAGGUCGGCGACCAGCGUACAUUCUUUGCUUCAUCACCUAUAUCGCCGCCAACAUCGGGCUCGCCCUGCAGCGCAACUAUGCCGCGCUGCUUAUUUUGAGAUGCCUUCAGAGUGCUGGCGGUAGCAGCACCAUUGCUCUCGCUAAUGCUAUUGUUGCUGACGUCGUCACUACCGCCGAACGCGGCAGGUACAUUGGAUAUGUCUCGGCCGGCUUCAUCCUUGGCCCGUCGAUAGGGCCUAUAAUCGGGGGGCUCCUGACCCAGUUCCUAGGCUGGCCCUUCAUAUUUUGGUUGUUGACAAUCCUUGCAGGUGCUUUUUUUAUCGUGCUACUGUUUUUCCUUCCCGAAACUGCGCGCAAGGUUGUAGGCAAUGGCUCACAAUAUCCCCCAUUAUGGAACCUGUCGGGCCUUCAGCUCUGCUCUCGACGUCAACGGGCCGAUGGUUACUCCUCAGUGGAGACUCACAUCCGCUUCCCCAACCCGCUCAAGGCUCUUACCAUUAUUUUUAAGAAAGAAGUUUUCCUGAUCCUUCUGGGAAAUGGUGUGGCCAUCGCAGGCUACUUUGCUGUUACAGGCACCAUCACCUCGCAGUUCAGCCGCAUCUAUGACUUUAACGAGGUGCAGAUCGGUCUGUGCUUUAUUCCACUUGGUGUGGGCAAUCUGAUUGCUGCAUAUACACAGGGGAUAAUAACGGACUGGAACUAUCGACGGCAUGCACACAGCCAAGGCAUAGAUAUUUCCAGCAAUCACCGACCUGACUUGGAUAAGUUUGCCAUCGAACGCCCCCGCACUGAGGUCGUCUUACCGCAGGCAAUCGGGGAGGCACUGAGCAUGAUUGCGUAUGGCUGGGUAUUGCACUACGAGACCAAUCUUGCAGGACCAAUCAUCCUACUUCUUCUCAUCGGGUAUACUUCCGCAGCAGUAAUGAAUACCUUGAGUGCGUUGAUGGUCGAUAUCUACCCUCAGAGUCCGGCCAUGGCAACAGCCCUCAUGAAUCUCACACGAUGUUGGCUCGGAGCUGGUGCAGCUGCUGCAAUCCUUCCUAUGAUUGACGCCAUCGGCAAUGGGUGGGCUUUUACUGUAAUCGGAUUCAUGUGUUUUCUGUGCGCGCCAGCGAUGGAAGUGGUGUGGAUCUGGGGUUAUGACUGGCGCAGACAGCGACAUUGCCGGGAGGAGACAUCUCUGGGAAACCAUAUUAGCAAUUGA